CUAUUGACUGAUCCCUCUCACUGUAUAUAAGAGAAGCACGCAUUGAACUUAUUGUCUUACUCCCUCUUUUUAACUUUCUUUUCUCCUUUUAACCAACAUGUUUCAAAAACUCUUUGUUUUGGCAACCAUCGCGCUUGCUGCUGUCAAUGCUCAUCCUGGAUCACAUAAAAUUAUGAAUGUAGCUGCUGAAACUAUCCCAGCUGCCACAUUCACUUUCUCUGAAAAAUUUCCUGAACCUGGCUCCAUUCCUACGCCUAAGCCAGAAUGGCUCGAAUUGAUCAAAAAUGUCAAUAUUACCAAAGCUCCCGUAUAUAAGGUUGCUCCUGGACAAAGUCCUCAACCUGAAGUAGCUGGUCAAGAUCCUUACUGUGAUUGGACUUUUACUGGCUGUUUCGGUAAAGACGAUCUCUACCAAUGUCCCAAAGACCAAUGGGCACUUACAUUUGAUGAUGGACCCUCUGAAUUUAGUCCUAAACUUUAUGACUAUCUCGAUAAGGAAAACAUCAAGGUCACUUUCUUUAUGGUCGGUGGCCAAGUCACCAAAUUCCCUGAUUACGUCUUGCGCGCCUACAAGGCAGGUCAUGAAAUUGCCAUGCAUACCUACAGCCACAACUACAUGACUUCGUUGACCAACGAACAGAUCGUUGCUGAAUUAAAAUGGAACGAAUUGGCCAUCAAGGAAGUCACAGGUGUGUCUCCUCGUUUCUUUAGACCUCCUUAUGGUGAUAUUGAUAACCGUGUCCGUGAUGUGGCUGCUGCUCUUGGUUUUGUUCCUAUCAUCUGGAACUAUGAUACCAACGAUUGGGCUGCUCAAUCUAACCCUGCCACAUAUAAACAAGAAUGGAUUGAUGGUAAUGUCACUCAAUGGGCCAAUAAUGCAAAGACAGCUAAAGUCGGUGGUAUCUCUCUUGAACAUGAUUUGUAUUCUUCUACUGUCGAUGCUGCUAUUCGUGUCAUUCCUAUUCUUAAGAAAGCCUAUACCUUGACUCCCGCUGGUGCUUGUAACAAUGUUCAAGUAUAUAAAGAAGGCACUGUUCCUGCUAGUAACAGUACCACCAAUGCUACUGUUUCCGCUGUUUCUUCUUCUAUGGUUGCUUCAAGCUCGAUUCCUGUUUCCUCUGUUGUUGUUGCUGCUGCCACUACUACCGUAGCUCCUGCUGCUGCUUCUACCUCUGCAGGCAUUGCUGCCAAUAUAGCUGGAAGCACUUCUGAUGCUUCUUCUCUUGCAGGUACCAGUGCAUUUGCUUUAGGUAUUGCUGCUAUAGCUGCUAUUGCCUUACACUAAAUUUGAUUUAAUUUAAUUUAUAUAUAUAUAUAUACACACAUCACAAAAGAAAAAGAA